UCAAAUUUUUGAAGUAAUUGAUUAUUUCAGUUUUCAGCGCUGACGCAUUCUCAUGAUCAGCCAACAAGCAACCCAAAAUGUUAGUAUUUCCCGCAGGAGCCCUGGGUCUGAGAUCCGGUUUGCUGUAUUUCCCGGGCUCUUAAUACGCGUGCGCAGAUACAGCGUGACUGUCGGAGCAAUAUUUUUCUCCUGUUUCGCUCAGUUUGGCGUUAAAUAUCGCUGGAAGCUCCCCUGGAGAUGAUACCAAUACUUCUCAGAAAACAUUUUUGAUUUCAUAAGUCCACAUUCUCGACUGCAAUGGCUCAAAUGUCGUCUUCGAAUUCAACAUCUGGUCAGACGAGUCAAGGGCGAGCGGGUCGUCGCCGAAAGAGGCCGCAUCCUCCCGUGUAUGGGGGAAUUAUGAACUCUUUCAGCGACAAAAACAGUGAUUUCGUUUGUCCGAUCUGUUUUGACACCAUCGACGAAGCUUUCAUGACGAAAUGUGGACAUACCUUUUGUUAUCAGUGCAUCACAAGGAGUCUGGAAGAAAGCAAUCGUUGCCCCAAAUGUAAUUACAUCAUAGACAAGCCUGAUCAAAUCUUUCCUAACUUUCUAUUGAACGAAUUGGUACAAAAAGUUAAAGAAAGAACGGGACAAAAGAAAAGCAAAAUGGUUCUGGAGUCUCAGCUACAUGAGGCAGGAAGUGCACUGCAGGAACUUUUAGCAGGAGAUCAUGAAUGGGACUUAGCAGAUGUCAAUUAUUUGUUGGAAGUUUUAACACUGAAGAAACAAAUGCUGGAAGCCGAUAGCCAAGCCAUACAACAUGAGUUACUCAAAGAUUUCCUCUCACAAGUGAAGAGACACAAGCAAGAGCAACUUGAUCAGCUUACCCGAGAAGUCAAACUAAUUGAUGAAGACAUGAAGAGAGUUUCGGAAAUGAUAGCAAGUCACAACCGGCAAUACUCAAUACCAGCUCCAUUAACCCUCCUCCCUGGAGCUGAAAGACUUAUGGCUGGUGAAGUGGAUCAUGCUGUACCUACCACACCCACAGCUAAAAAUGCCCCAGUGGCAGUGGGGUCAGACAUGGAACCAUCAACAAGUCAUGAUGAAUCAUGCGAUCAAACAGAGGGGGCUCAAGAUGGGUUUAAUGGAAGCCAGCAUGGAGCAAAACAUCUUUGGUGUAGCACCAGUCUUGCAUCAAGAAGGAAAAGAAUUCACCAGCACUUUGAUGAUCUAGAAAGAUGCUACUUUUCCAUCAGGCAGGGAGACUUACCAAGUGAUGCAGGAACCUCAGAUGCGUUGGAUUAUUUCACAGAAAGUCUUGCCAAGUUUACAAAGUUCAGUGGUUUUCGUUGCCUGGCAACACUUAGUUAUGCCACUGACAUCUACAGUAGCUCAAGCAUUGUAUCAAGUAUUGAAUUUGACCGUGAUUUUGACUACUUUGCCAUUGCUGGUGUUACAAAGAAAAUCAAGGUGUUUGAGUAUGGAAUGGUGAUAAGAGAUGUAGUUGAUAUUCAUUGUCCUGUGAAUGAAAUGGUGUGCAAUUCCAAAAUCAGUUCGAUCUGUUGGAGCUCGUAUCACAAAGGUUUACUUGCCAGCAGUGAUUAUGAAGGCACCGUGACUCUGUGGGAUGCUUUCACUGGUUCAAAGACGAGGUCUUUUCAGGAACAUGAAAAGAGAUGUUGGAGUGUGGAUUUCAAUCACGUUGAUCCCAAACUUUUGGCUUCAGGUUCUGAUGAUGCCAAAGUUAAAUUGUGGUCUACAGACAUGGAACACUCUGUGGCUUGUUUAGAGGCCAAAGCCAAUGUGUGUUGUGUAAAAUUCAACCCAGAAAGUAGAUGUCACUUAUCCUUUGGUUCUGCAGAUCACUGUGUCCAUUAUUAUGAUUUACGAAACACGACCAAGCCAAUAACAGUCUUCAAAGGCCACAGGAAGGCUGUAUCAUAUACAAAAUUUAUCAACACAGAAGAAAUUGUCUCUGCAUCCACAGACAGUCAAUUAAAACUCUGGAAUAUCAGCAAGCCGCAUUGUCUUCGAACCUUUAAAGGUCAUAUUAAUGAAAAGAACUUUGUUGGGCUGGCUUCCAACGGAGAUUACAUUGCCUGUGGGAGUGAAAACAACUCGCUGUACUUGUAUUACAAAGGACUUUCCAAACAGCUGCUAACAUUCAAGUUUGAUACAGUGAGGAGUGUUCUGGAGAAAGAUAAGAAAGAAGACGAUGCGAAUGAAUUUGUGAGCGCAGUUUGCUGGAGAACCGGAUCCAAUGUAGUUGUAGCUGCUAAUAGUCAAGGAACGAUAAAGGUCCUUGAGCUGGUUUGAGUUUGACUGCAUAGAAGUUGUAGCUCUGUAUAUAUUUUGCCAAGUCAGAAGCUCAGUUGCGCUGGAAGCCAGUGUUAUAUCGUAGUUGAAGUGAAAAAUAUAUGUACAAAGUUAAGACAAAAUAGUUUACAAACUAGAAUUCAGCUUGCUACAAAGCUAUUUACGUCAUAGUAAGAAAUAUCUUCAUGCUAAAAAAAACCAAGAGAAAAAAAAUCAAGAUUAUUUUGCAUU